AUGGAGGCUCCAGACUGGAUUGAAUUAUUAAUGAGAGCUUUCUUCUGCUUCACCGGUAUCAUAGGGAACGGUUGGCUGGGUUUGCGCUCUCUGCCCAGAUCUGGAUCUCCGCUUCGGACCAGCGAUGUCCUCUUCGUUAACCUGGCCGUGUCCAAUCUGAUCACAAACUGUCUGGUGGAUCUGCCGGAAACCAUGGCGCACGUUGCCAAAUCCUGGCUCACGAGUAAAGAGUACUGCGGCGUGACUAAGUUUUCCCACGAAAUCUCGGAGACCAGCAGCAUCUUCUCCACUAUGUUCAUCAGCAUGUAUUGGCACCAGAAACUGGUGGGCUCCAUCAGACGUGGAGGAGCUCCGGUGCAGAUGGAUAAUUUGAGGUUAGUCGUCGUAUUGCUCGCUGGGAGCUGGAUCGUGUCGACUGCGUUCAGUCUUCCGUACAUCUUUAUCGCAGAGCACAAUGCGAACGAGAGUUCGGAAGUUUGCGAAGAACGUUUCGCAUCACCUGCAGCCAAGCAGACGUAUGAUGGCAUGUACCUUACGCUGGCUAAUGUCAUUCCAAUGAUUGGGAUAACGUAUGCCACCGUUCAGAUCGUCUUAACACUGCUUCGGAGUCAAAAACGAAUCAAGGAUCACUCAGCCGCUACUAAACAGAAGACGCAGGUCAGAUCCAAUCCAUCCUCAAGCAACCAGGUCCGAGCAGCCAAAAGCGUGGUUGCAGUCGCCACCAUCUUCAUCUUCUGCUGGUUCACUCACCUCAUUCUCCGCAUCUACAGCAGCUUCAGAAACUCCAUCCUCGCUGUGAAACUCACCAAUUUUAUAGGAGCUUCUUACGUCUGUUUCGUCCCGUAUGUCUACUUGCAUGGUGUGAAGAAACUCAACUGCUCUUGGCGUUAA